AUGGCCUAUCAUGAAUUGUCUACGGGGAAAGAUACAAGUCUUUCCCAGGUUUUGUCAGAGUGGAGCAAACGAUAUGAAGAAAAGUUUGCAGCUUUGCAUUACCGUUUUUCUGGACGUAUAGGUGAAGAGAAUCAUUAUAUUACCAACAAAUCCAGACCCAGAUCCGCUGAUUCAAGUAUGCCGUCAUACAGCGAACUUUUGGAAGAAAUACAAAGUGCAUUACAGCUGAAAGCUAAUCUUUCUGUUGAGUUAGAAGAACUACAACAGAUUCGUUUGGAGCUAGAGGAUACGGAAUGCAUGACAGAAGUUCAUUUUCGUUUAGAACGAGCCACAGAGGAUAAUCGACGCUUACAUGCAGCCCUACAGAUGGCCGACGAACAAAUCACAGAGCUUGUACUCAGCAAAAGGUUGUUGGAAUCUCAAAUGAAUGAGUUGCGUAGUAAUCGAGAUGCAGAACUUGCAGAAGCCAAAGAACUUGUUCGAGCAGCCGAACGUGCAGUUAUUGCCGCCACACGUAGCUCUAAUUCGUGUAAACCUGUCAAGGAUAAGCCAGUUCAAUCAACAGAACCAAGGGUUCUUGUUCAACAGAGUGCCAACUCAAAUUCGACUCAACUUUUCAUGCCUCUAGCUUUCAAGAAAGCCUUACAGAAUCGUUCUAGAAAUUAUGCAACUUUAACCGCGUUUUCUUAUGAAGACUUUGAUUCGUUGGAUGAGGACAUGGAAGACGAAGCUAACAAACAUUUAUGUGGAACAAUAGCUGCCGUCAAUUCGGGAGAAAAUAAUCUCGAGAUCCCUGUAGAUAACAAAAAAUCAGUUGUAAAAACGAAGAUUGACAUUCCUAUUGUUGCAAACAAUGAAUCAGAUACUCGAUGUAAUCAAGAAUGUCCUGUAGAAUCAUCAAUUGAAGAUAAUGUCUCCUCCGGAAGUAUGGAUCCUGUAACAUCACCUAGUUCGUCUUCAGUAUCGGAUUCAAUGUUCUCAACACAUUAUCUAUCUAGUACGUCAGAAAAACCAUUGGUAAUUGAUACUAUGGUCAAUCUAUCCACUUGUGCUAAUCUAUCCGAUGUAUUUGAUGUUUUAGGAUGGAAUAGUGAUUUAAAAACUACACGGUACAUUAAACAAGUGGAACAGAAAAUGGCAGAUGAGGUUGUAUCAAAAGCGGAUUAUUUAAGAGUAUUAGAUGAAAUGGAGGAACUGCGUCAUGAACUAGAUCUACUACGUCAAAAUGCUCUACUCUCACAGUUAUCACUUAAUAAUAAUGUUUCAGAAUCAACUACAAACAAUAGGCCUCAUUUAACUAGUGAUAGAAAGCUUUACAAUCCCGGUUUAACAACUCAGCUGAUGGAGUUAAAAGAUGAGGUGAAUUCAACUUCCAGUGAAUUUUCUUCACAAAAACCAAAUAGUUUACUACCAACAUUACCUCCAGGAUCGACUCGGUUGUAUGAUUGGUCAUUAGAUAAGAGUGAUUUACAAAUCGAUAAUGAAAUGAGUGAAAAUAAAUCCGGUGAAUCUGAAACUAGUGCUGAUAAUCCUACUCCUGUUAAAAUACUCUUAUCUCCAGUUGAAAAGGUAAUAUCCCAUUCUGUCUGUUUACAAACUGAACAUGAUCUAAGUUUGAAUGAUGAUGAACAAAUGAAAAAUUGCACUGUAUGUCUAGAAUUUUAUCACAAAAUGAUUUUGUCCAUAAUCGAUGCUAUGACAAAAUUGAAACAUGAAUUAACUACACAUGUAAAUGAUCAAUAUUCUUCAUGGAUGAAUAAUGUUUUAUCAUUGAAUUAUGAUAUGAAACAUGGAGAACAGGAAGCAGAGAUUGAAUUGAACAAAGCAGUUGAAGAAUUGGCGAAUUCGGAAGUUAUUAUUAAAACAUUGCGUAACGAAAUCAACUGUCUCAUGGAACGACAAAUUGAAUUACAACAUGAUUAUGAUACUGCUUACGAGAUGUUAAUGGAACGUGAAAAUGAUCUUACCCGACUUAACGAACAGAUACUUAAAGCAGAGAAUAAAUGUAAAAGUCUCAGUAAUCAAUUGUUACGACGUAAAGAAGUUAUUUUAGAACAAGAUGAAGAUUUAUUCCUUCUAAGCGAAGAUAAAAUCCCCUUUUCUCCUGAAAAUCAAGCUGUUGUAUAUGGUCAUAGUAAAGAUUUUAAUCCUAACAAUGAAGAAGAUUAUAUUCGUCCAAUGUGGGCAACAUCAGUACCUAAAAAAAAAAAGUCACCUAACUCAACAUUUUUAUCAUCAGACAGUGAUACACUUUUUGAAGCUGUCGCAGCUGAGCUCAAUAUAUUAUCUAAUCGUCUGAGAGACGACAGUGUUCGACUUGCAACAGCGACCGAAAUCGCAAGUGCUCGUCAGUAUGUUUGUGAUGGUUCAGAAAGUAUCACUUUUAAUGAACCAAAUGAUAAUGAAGAAACCACCGUAAAAGUAGAAGUUGAUGAAUAUGGCCUUUCGAUUAUUGAAAUUCGUAAUUUCUAUGGUGAUUUGAAAGCAGCGGUAAAUGAAGUGACCAAAAUUAUACAUAAUAAUCCAUGGAUUAGUAAGGAGCAAUCUAACUUUGAAGAUAAUGACGAGCCAAUGAAACGUUUCAUGAGCCGAUUAUUAGUUUCAUUAACUAAAGCUUUGGAUACGGAUGAGAAACUAUGGGUUUCAGCAAUCACUUCCUCGGUUGCCAAAACAUGUGAUAAACUUCGCAGUAGGACAACAUUAUCAGUUCCCAAUUUAGGCGUGGAGUUCCCGUCAGGGAGUGUUUUAUGCCAAAUUAUACAACAAUUGACGGAACGAAUAUCAGCUUUUAUGCGUCGUGAAGAUGAGUUUCGCAAAUGUCUUAUUGAAGUUCUUCAUGUAGAAGAAGCUUCAUUCAAAUCUGAAUUGAAGACUCAUGUUAAUCGUUCAGACGCUUUGAUGGAGGAAAUUAAUCGUUUGACUGAAGUUAUAAACUCAUUGUCGGAAGAAUUGAAUCAUGCAAAUAAUCGAACUAAUGAAAUGCAAAGUCAACUAUGUGAUACAGAAGUUGAUCUAGUUCAAACGCAGCAUGAAUUACAAUUAAAGGAAGAUGAAGUCGAACGUCAGCGAACUGAUGUUGAACAGUUAAGAUUACAGCUGUGUGAAGAAAAUGCACAAACAGAGAAAUUUCGUUCGGAACUUGAAAUGUUGCAGUCAGAUAAAGUUCAAGUUGAACAUGAAUUGUCAUCGUCAAAUAAUUUAAUUCAAGAAUUAAAAAUAUCGUUGACUAAUGAAAAGAAUCGAGCUCAAUCGUUGGAAAUUGAAUUGGAUCAACUAUAUGACCAAAUUAAAAGGAACAUUUAUCACACUAUACUAGUGCCAAAUAAUUUUGAUAAGAAUAAUACUGACUUUAGUAGCGAAAAUCUUACUGGAACCGAUGAAAUUAGAACACCUAAUGGUUGUUUAUCAGAUAUCAAUCUGUGUGUCUAUGAAGAUAUAAAUCUCGUUACUCCUCGUUUAGCAUCUUCUCAACAUGAUGCAAUAAAAUUUCAAAAUCAAGUCAUGGAACUACAGGCUACUGCUCAUGGUCUGUGUUCAGAUCUCACUGAAGCAGACCUUCGUCUUAUGCCUUCUUUGACAUCUGUAUUGCCGGAUACUUAUAAUCUUUCUAACAUGGAUAGAGCAUCACAAUCCUCUGUGAAUGAACAGUUCGCUUCAAAGAAAAAAAUGCCUGUUUAUGAAAAUCAAUCAGAAUCGACAGUAACCAAGUUUGCUAAACUAAAGAAUGCUUGUGUAGAUUUACUACCACAUAUUUCAAUGGUUGGGCGUGAUGAUGAUGAUCCACGAGCGGGGGAUACUUUUGAUCGGUAUUCUAAUUCACAUUCGUCAGAUGAUGAUAGUAUUGAAGAGAAUCUUUUCAUUGAAUCUGGAAUUAUGAAUUCUUUAUAUGGUGAACUUGAUGGUCAUCGUAUAAAUGCUGAACACGAUGAAUGUCUAGUGAACAAUAGUAAUAAUUUAAGUGGUAUGCUUCAUAAAGGAUCCUGCAGAUGCAUUAAGACGAUUGACGGACGAUAUGCUGAAACUCUAAAUAAUUCACAAUUUCCUCUGUGCGCCCGUUGUCUUCGUGAUGAAUACUAUUGUCGUUCACUGUCGUAUCAAGAACGUUAUUUACUUCUUCUUUUGGAUAAUUCCCGAUUUUCCGAAGAUAUGUUAGUUGCAACUCUUGGAUAUCCUGAAUCUCGAAUCACCCUACGAAUAGGUUGUAAUUAUGACUCUCCACAAGUGGGCUUAAGCCCAGCUCAAAGAUUACGUACCAUAGGUUGUUUUGUUCAAGCUAUUCAUAGUUGGAAUUCUGUUUCACAUCGGUCAUAA